UGCCAUUUGCCCACCACUUCUUCUAUAGUGUGUUUGUGUUCAAGUUUAACCCUUUUGGUGCCUGAUAUAAAGGUGAAUCCUUCCUCCCUUCUUUCUUGCACGCACACUGUUCUACGAAAUUACUCAACCACGAAGCAGCCAUUGUUUCUCUGCUACAUUCUCCAUCUGUUCUUCUUUACCGAAGAACCUGAUUUGAGAGUGACAGUCGACAGUACUUAAUCAUGGGUUUCUCACGCUAAAAGUUUCCUUCAACUAUGUAGAAUUUCUUCCAUUUUCUGUCAAUGGCAGUCUCAGCUUUUCCCUAAAUGUGAAGUGAUCCAACAAAGAUCAAUAAUUGGCACAAGUAGAUAGAAGAAAAGGGUUAUUGUUCUUAUAGGAUAUAAUGGAGGAGACAUUUGUGCCAUUUCGAGGAAUCAAGAACGACAUUAAGGGAAGGUUGCAGUGCUACAAGCAAGACUGGACUGGUGGAAUCAGAGCUGGUUUCAGGAUCUUGGCUCCUACAACCUAUAUAUUCUUUGCCUCAGCAAUCCCAGUGAUUUCAUUUGGGGAACAACUGGAAAGGAACACUGAUGGAGUUCUCACUGCUGUCCAAACGUUGGCAUCAACAUCUGUAUGUGGAAUCAUUCACUCAAUCAUCGGAGGACAGCCUUUGCUUAUAUUGGGAGUUGCUGAACCAACCGUGCUUAUGUACACCUUCAUGUAUGAUUUCGCUAAAGAGAGAGCUGAUUUGGGUCGUAAUUUGUUCCUAGCUUGGACAGGAUGGGUGUGUGUUUGGACUGCAAUCUUGCUCUUCUUGUUGUCUAUUUUGGGUGCUUGCUCGAUCAUAAACAGAUUUACCCGUUUGGCUGGAGAAUUGUUCGGUUUGCUUAUCGCUAUGCUUUUCAUGCAGCAAGCCAUCAAGGGAUUAGUUGAUGAGUUUCGCAUUCCAAAACGUGAAGAUCCAAGUUUAACUGAAUUCAUACCGUCGUGGAGAUUUUCAAAUGGAAUGUUUGCUUUGGUUCUAUCGUUUGGCCUACUUCUGACUGGAUUGAGAAGCCGAAAAGCUAGAUCAUGGCGCUAUGGCGCUGGAUGGCUUAGAAGUCUUGUAGCAGAUUAUGGUGUUCCGAUUAUGGUCCUCGUUUGGACUGCUAUUUCCUACAUACCAUCCGGAAACGUUCCUAAAGGGAUUCCUCGUAGGCUUUUUAGCCCGAAUCCAUGGUCGCCUGGUGCGUACGAUAAUUGGACUGUAAUCACGGAUAUGCUCAAAGUGCCGAUUCUUUAUAUAAUUGGAGCUUUUAUUCCUGCUACGAUGAUCGCUGUCCUAUACUAUUUCGACCAUAGUGUUGCUUCUCAACUCGCUCAACAAAAGGAAUUCAAUCUUAGAAAGCCUUCUUCUUUUCAUUAUGACUUGCUUCUUUUAGGAUUCUUGACUUUAAUGUGCGGCUUGAUUGGAAUACCUCCUUCUAACGGGGUUAUUCCUCAAUCCCCCAUGCAUACAAAGAGUUUGGCAACUCUCAAACACCAGUUGCUUCGGAAUCGACUGGUCUCAACAGCUCGGGAGAGUACAAGGAAAAACGCCAGCUUGGGACAAUUAUAUGGGAAUAUGCAAGAAGCUUAUCAGAAAAUGCAGACUCCUCUAAUCUACCAAGAAACAUCAUCUCGAGGAUUAAAGGAACUAAAGGAAUCAACAAUUCAGCUAGCUUCGAGCACUGGUUAUGUUGACGCCCCUGUUGACGAAACAGUUUUUGACGUUGAGAAGGAGAUCGACGAUCUGUUGCCUGUGGAGGUGAAAGAACAACGUCUAAGCAACUUGCUUCAAGCAGCCAUGGUUGGAGGUUGUGUUGCAGCCAUGCCUUUACUCAAGAUGAUCCCUACUUCGGUUCUUUGGGGAUACUUUGCUUUCAUGGCAAUCGAAAGCUUACCCGGAAACCAAUUCUGGGAAAGAAUAUUGCUUCUCUUCACUGCCCCCAGCCGAAGAUACAAGGUCUUGGAGGAGUACCACGCAACUUUCGUAGAAACAGUUCCUUUUAAGACGAUUGCGUUCUUCACGAUAUUCCAAACGUCAUACUUAUUAGCAUGCUUUGGAUUAACAUGGGUACCAAUAGCUGGUCUUCUAUUCCCAUUGAUGAUCAUGCUUCUAGUUCCUGUUAGACAAUACAUUUUACCCAAGCUUUUCAAAGGCGCGUUUCUUCAGGAUCUCGAUGCAGCUGAAUACGAAGAGGCUCCUGCAGUGCCUUUCGAAUCUACUGCCGAGGUGGAAGUACUAGGAGCUAGACCUUCUUAUGCGGAUGGUGCAGAGAUUUUAGACGAGAUGAUCACUAGAAGUCGAGGCGAGUUUAGAGUCGGGACCACCCCAAAGGUCACGAGCACGUCUUCAACUCCGGCUAGGGAUCUUCAUGGGCUUCAGAGCCCAAGAGUUAGCGAGCUUAGGGGUGUCCCGAGUCCAAGUCGUAAGGGUACCUCGAAAAGCCCGAGAAUUGGAGAGGUGGGAACGUCGAAACUCGGAAAGAGUCCUGCUAACUCAACAGAUUCAAACACAUAACUCUUUGUUGAAUUGUAUUGGAUUGGAAGCAUGCAUUAAUUUAUUUUCUACUAUUAUUUGUGUUCUUAUAAUAUUUGUUUAAGGUUGUCAACUAUGUAAGAAAUUAAUCAAGCUGAUAUGUAAUAGGAAAUGUAUUGUAUUAAAUAUUAAUAGUAUCAUUUAUGGACUAUUUAUUUGUAAUAGUUAUUGUAUUGGAUUAAUAAA